AAUAAUCUUACGUUACCAGAUUCACAUUUCUUUAACAAUUUUAGAUAACCGCGUGGUUUUGUUUUUUCGUUUUGACAAAUUUUUUCUCCAAACUUAACGAAUCCUGAAAAAUGGUCAACAGAAAACGAAAGCACGAAGCUGGAGCCGCCGUGGCAUUCAUGUCUAGAGGGAGAGCAUUGAAAAAGUUGCAACUAAGCUUAUCUGACUUUCGAAAAUUAUGUAUAUUAAAAGGGAUCUACCCCCAAGAACCGCGGCACCCCAAAAAAGCAGGCAAGGGAAGCACGGCGCCGACGACCUACUACCUAACCAAAGACAUCCAAUUCGUCAUGCACGAACCAAUUAUAAAAAAAUUCAGACAAUACAAAAUUUUUGUAAGAAAAUUGAAGCGGGCGGUUGACAAGAAGGACGUGCACCGAGAACAGAGGCUGAGAAACAGGAAACCAGAACUUACACUAGACCAUAUUGUAAAAGAGAGGUAUCCCACCUUAGUUGAUGCCAUCAGGGAUCUGGAUGAUGCCCUCUCCCUCUGCUUCCUAUUCUCUAAAAUGCCCAAAAAUAAGAAGGUACACGCCGAACAAAUCAAACUCUGCAGAAGACUGACAGUGGAAUUCAUGAACUAUGUCAUAGCAUCUCGAUCCCUAAGAAAGGUAUUCAUCUCCAUUAAGGGCAUCUACUUUCAGGUCGAGGUCAUGGGUCAGAUCGUAACCUGGCUCAGUCCUCACAAUGUUGCUUAUACUCAUCCAGUCAACGUCGACUACAGGAUUAUGUCAACUUUUGCCCAGUUCUCGUGCAUCCUGCUGGGGUUCGUUAACUUUGCCCUAUACAAAUCCCUCGAACUGCAUUACCCACCACAGGUCUUUACUGAUGAGGAUUAUGAGUCCGAAGAUACGACUGAGGUCUGUUCCAAGCAUGAUCUAGCUACAGAGAUCCUAGCAUCUCUCACCACAGAGAUGAGAGCAGACAAUUAUGAAAUAAUUAUGGAUAAAUUUGAGAAUGAUGGUAACUCCAGAGAAGCCAUGCAGGCUGAGGUGGAAAAGUUGGCGAAUUUAUUUUCCAAAUUUAAAUUCUUCCUCAAUCGGGAAGUUGACAGGGAAACGUUCACGUUUGUCAUCAGAGCGUGUGGUGGAGAAGUAUCUUGGUGCAAAACUGGCUUCCCAAUUGGGGCCACAUAUGAUUGUGACGAUGAAUCCAUCACACAUCAAGUCGUUGAUAGGACAAAUGUCAAGAAUAAUCUACUGAACAGACAGUACAUUCAACCACAGUGGGUCGUGGACUGCCUCAACACCCGAACCAUCCUACCCACGAAAGAUUAUCUCCCUGGAGCCACCCUUCCACCACAUCUCUCACCAUUCGUCGAGGAACAGGAGGGCGACUACAUACCACCUGAAAAACUUAAAUUGAUGGAUUCAACAAUAGCCACAAGAAGUAUUGAUACUGAGAGUUCAGACCAGCCUGAGAAAGCAAAGAAUCCAUCAGGGAAGCGAAAACUGACUCAAGAGAAACCAAAACCUGAAACGACUGUGUCUGAAGGUAAGGUGUUGAAGAUAAGGCAAGCACAGAAGAUGAUGGAACAGAAGAACGAAGAGAGAAAACUCGCGGAAAUGGCCAUUCCAAAAAAGAACAAGAGACUCUACAACAAAAUCAAACAUUUGAAUAAGAAGAGAACUCAGGAGGCCUUGACACUAGCUAACAAAAGAAGAGCUUACGAAAACAACCUCAAAAAGCAGAAAACAAGCUUAUGAACUGUUUAAAUUAUCUCUUUUGUUAUGACAAAUAAAAUUUUUUAUUCUUG